AUGCAAUCCACAUUUCACAAGGUUAUACGAGAGAGAAGAAAGAAACUGGUUGAAGUCUCGACAUUAUGCGCCGAGAAGGUCUACCUUGAACUUCGAGUUCCCGAAGAUGCACAAUCGAUUCUCGAAGUCGUCUUCAGGACCAUAUCUCAUGAUCAGGGUUAUAGCGGUGAGCCUCAGUACCAUGGGACAUACAAAAACUCUUUCACGUGGUUUGUCGCCUCUGUCGCUACUCCUGGCGGCCAAGAACGAGUACCCAGGAAAGUCCUAUAUCACAAUAUGCACGCCGAUGAAACUUUUAGAAUCCAUGAGUUGUGUUGGAGAGCAGACGAUCAAGAUCAAAUUAUUACAGAGUGGAUCAACGCUAUUCAAAGAGGAGACACAAUUCAAAUUAUCCCAGUCGCACAAUAUCCAGCCUGGAUCAACUUUGUUCAAGAGGCAGAGAUUGAGAUUCAUUACAUCUUGGCCCCCCAAAAUGCUUCAACUUUCGGUCUUCCAACUUUAGUUUCAGAUACUGCAGGGCAGGACCUCUACCGAAGUCUCGAAAUAAAACUUCGCGAAGUGCGGCUCGUACACUUGAACCCCGGCUUGUUCGAAGAUCCGAUAUCAUGUUCAAUAACAUAUAUGUCCCUGAAAGAAUGCACAGAAUCGGCCUACGAGGCUCUAUCUUAUUGCUGGGGAGAUCAUAGGCAGAGAAAAGACAUCAAAGUUACUGUUACUGAUCUGAAAGGCCACUCAGAAUACAUCAUGUCGAUCACCCUAUCUCUGUACUCGGCACUGCAGAGACUUCGGCCACAAAAUGGGCUCGCCAGGGUACUUUGGGCUGAUUCAAUUUGCAUCAACCAAGAUGACCUCGCUGAGAGAUCUUCUCAAGUCUCUUUGAUGCGUGAUAUCUAUCGCAAGGCACAAGGGGUCGUCGUUUGGCUGGGACAUGGUACAGAGCCCAUGCAUAAAUCCAUUAUGACCUUGACUACUAUUGAAAAUCGUUACAAGCCGAACGAGUCCAUGGAUCUGCCAGCAUCCGAAUUACCUUAUCUCCACGACCCGUUGAUGGAAAAUGUUAACGGCGAAAAGCAUUCUGGCAUGUACAACUUUGUUGAUGAAUGGACAUUAUACGAAUCGCCAUGGUUCAGUCGCACCUGGGUCGUCCAAGAAGUUUUCAAUGCACGAGAAACAACCUUUUAUUGUGGGGACAAUACACUCAAUCUGGCAAUGAUGAUGCGAGUCAAUAAAUGCAUCUCAUCACUUAAGGAUCUAAAAUUGAACUCUUCUCAUAAGGCUAUAAUGCCUUCAAUAUAUGACGAUCUCUUCCAUGCUAGAUUUGCGACUGGUAGCUCACAGUCUAUGCAGAAUGGAAUUCUCGAAGUCCUCAUCAAAGGACUUGAUCUAGAUGCUACAGACCCUCGCGACAAGAUCUUCGCAAUGCUACAAUUUGGAAAAGAGACCCAGAAUCUAGAAUUGCUGCCGCUUGAGCUUGUGCCUGAUUACCGCAGGUCUGUUUCGGAAGUUUUUUCAAGUUUUACAAAAUGGUGGAUUGUGAAGCAUGAGUCUCUGAGAAUUCUUUCUGCCAUUCAUGCAUUGGAUGGGAGAGCAUGGCAAACAAACAAGUGGGAGACAACUCAUAAAUACGAUGCAGAUCAGCCGACGUGGUCUUGGUGGUUCCGUGGACAGAGCAAUUGGGUUGUUGGAAUCCUCGGCCUCAAAACAGAUAACUCGUACCGCGCCUCUGCAGACACCAAACCGAAUAUUUCUUUGAUCUCUGGAAGUAAACAGACAUCAAUUCUCACUUUGGCUGGGUUCAAGAUCGAUUUCAUCGAAAGUUUAAUCCCUUAUCCAUAUUUCAGCCCACCGAAAAAUCUUGAGAGCCUUCACCGGGCAUACGUUGGUAUAUUUGACCCCCUGAAUCUUAUCGGGAAGUGGCAACACCAACUGGCGCCAGGAAACAUGAGCACCUACGUAUUUUUGGACGAUACUGCGAGGAUAAAGGCUCACUAUGCUGCACAUCAGGAUUUUUCAGUCAAGAAUAAUGCGGUAGAGUGUAACGACCCCUCUUUCUUCAGCACUCCUGGAGGCUUGGUUGGACUUUGCCCAUCUUCGGCUCGAGUUGGUGAUAUAAUUGUCGUUCUCCAUGGAGGUCCAGUUCCUUACGUCCUUCGAGAGUUGCUAGGUCCACAUUGUACUAUUCAUCAAUCCGCCAAAAGGUACGAAUUUAUUGGGGAAUGCUACCUGGAAUCAUAUAUGGAUGGUCGUGGUGUUCAAGAUAAUGAAGGAGUAGAACCUGAAAUAUUUUCUUUAAUCUAA